CUUUCAUUCUUUCUGUCUUCAUCAUCUUCCUCCCAAUUGGAAAAAACAAAAGAGCUGUGUCCGAUAAAAGCCCUCUCACUUAAAACCCUAAACCAUAAAUUUAAAAGAAAGACAACAGAGAUAGUACUCAUUCUUUUUUGGUUACAUUAAUAUUGACCAAGUUUUGAUAAUCUCACCGACAGUAGCACACAAUAUGAGUCGAUAUGAUAGCCGCUCCGGCGAUCCCACCUCCUACCGCGACCGUAGGAGUGACUCAGGGUUUGGUGGGGCUUCAGCAUAUGGCGGUUCGAUGCGGUCCUCGUCGAGCAGAAGGGAUUAUGAUGGUGCUGAACCACCUAGGAAGUUGGAUUUGGAUGGAUUGACUCCUUUUGAGAAGAAUUUUUAUGUUGAGUCGCCAUUGGUGGCGGCAAUGUCGGCAACAGAGGUGGAGGAGUAUCGGCAGCGGAGGGAAAUUACUGUUGAAGGUCGCGAUGUUCCGAAGCCUGUAAAGAGUUUUCGCGACAUGGGAUUUCCAGAGUAUGUACUGCAAGAAAUCACAAAAGCUGGCUUUGUUGAACCAACACCUAUACAAGCUCAAGGUUGGCCAAUGGCUUUGAAGGGCCGUGACCUCAUUGGUAUUGCAGAAACUGGCUCGGGGAAGACUCUUGCCUAUUUAUUACCUGCAAUUGUCCAUGUUAACGCGCAACCAAUUUUAGCUCCUGGAGAUGGCCCAAUUGUAUUAGUUUUAGCUCCAACGCGUGAACUUGCGGUUCAAAUACAACAAGAGGCUGCUAAAUUUGGUGCAUCAUCUAGGAUCAAGAAUACAUGCAUAUAUGGUGGGGUUCCCAAGGGACCUCAAGUGCGUGAUCUCCAGAAAGGUGUUGAGAUUGUUAUUGCUACACCCGGGAGGUUAAUAGAUAUGUUGGAGUCGCAUCACACAAACUUGCGAAGAGUUACUUAUCUAGUCUUGGAUGAGGCAGAUCGGAUGUUAGAUAUGGGAUUUGAGCCUCAGAUACGAAAAAUUGUUUCUCAGAUCCGUCCUGACCGCCAAACAUUGUACUGGAGUGCGACUUGGCCAAAGGAGGUUGAACAGUUGGCAAGGCAGUUUCUUUACAACCCAUACAAAGUGAUAAUUGGAUCUGCAGAUUUAAAAGCUAACCAUGCAAUUCGCCAACAUGUUGACAUUGUUCCUGAGAGUCAGAAAUAUAGCAAAUUGGUGAAGCUGCUGGAGGAUAUCAUGGAUGGUAGCAGAAUUUUGAUUUUCAUGGAUACCAAGAAAGGUUGUGACCAGAUCACUCGGCGACUUCGCUUGGAUGGUUGGCCUGCUCUCUCAAUUCAUGGAGAUAAAAGUCAAGCAGAAAGGGAUUGGGUCCUCUCAGAGUUUAAAGCUGGCAAGAGCCCUAUAAUGACUGCAACAGAUGUUGCAGCUCGUGGUUUAGAUGUGAAAGAUGUGAAAUAUGUAAUCAAUUAUGACUUCCCGGGAUCGCUAGAGGAUUAUGUCCACCGUAUUGGUCGAACAGGAAGAGCUGGAGCAAAAGGAACUGCCUAUACUUUCUUCACAGCUGCAAACGCCAGAUUCGCAAAAGAACUUAUUGUCAUACUUGAGGAAGCUGGACAAAAGGUCAGCCCUGAAUUGGCAGCGAUGGGACGUGGUGCACCUCCUCCACCAUCAGGUCACGGUGGUUUCCGAGACCGAGGUAGGGGUUAUGGUAGCAGCCGCCCGCGGAGCUGAUUAAUGAGAAGAUUCCCACGAGGGGAAAAUUGUAAGACUAUGAGGGUACAGUGUAGUGUAGACAUAUUUCGUUUGACUGUCACUGCUAUAUUUCAGGGUUCAACGGUCUUACUGACAGGACUAGCGGGAAGAGCAAGUAUAGAUGGAACUUGUAAAUUAAUUCUGUAUUUACUCUCUGAUAAUCCAUUUUUUCUCCAUUUAAACAAAGAACUCAUGAGCGACAAAAUUUGAGUUGCA